AUGGUGCGUGUGAUGUGCGCAGAAGAGAAGCGCGCGCAAGUUUGUGAAGAAUUCCAGUUCCGUUCGGGAAAUACCGUUAGAGAUACGAAUGGAUUCCUCAUUCGACGCGCGCUUUGCGGGCGAGAGAUACAUACUAAAGACAAAGAUAUGAACGCUCCCAGAACACGCGCAACGACCAAAACGACCACCACCACGGCGUGUCAAAUGUGCGACAUCGCGCUCGAAUACGACGCGCUGUCGGCGGAGUUUUUAGCGUCUCGAAAAGUCCAGUGCGGCAGGUGUACGUUCGUCAACGACAUCAGAGUCGACGCGGAGGAGAAGACGAAGACGAAGACAGCAUCGUCGUCAUCAUCAUCAGAAGGAGUAGUAAAAGGCGACGAAGCAUUCGCGAGACGAUUACAGAAGGAAGAAGACGCGAGAGGAAGUCAUCAUCGCGGGAGGAGUUUUGGGUCGUGGAUGAAGGAUUUGUUUUCAGCGCUUCCUUUGCCUCAGGAGGAGGCGAAGAAACGACCGCCUACAUGCGCCAAGUGCGAACGAACGGUGACGGACGUCGGGGUGUUCGAUCCCGGCGAGCGAGUGACACAAAACAACGUGUUCUCUCGAACAACGACGGUGAGAUAUUAUCAAACCUCGGAGUAUUGGAACGAGUUUUUGUGUCGGGAGUGCUUCGAGGGCGAGAGACGCGGAUAUGUGGUUCGGUGCGACGGGUGUCAAAAGAUCGAAAGCGAGCGGUGUAAGCGAGAGUUGGGUGGAUUCGUGAGGCUUCCGGAGGAAGAGCAAGGACCAGGGAAUGCUGGUGCAGAUGGUGGUGGAAGAUAUUUGUGUUUAGAGUGUUCUGGGUCUGUCGUGGUCGAUAACGAGGACGCGUGGAUAUUGUACGAGGAAAUAAAGCAGUUCAUGAUGAACGAGUUAGAUUUAACGAUGCCGGAGAGGAUGCCGCCGUUGCACGUGGUGACGGAAGAAUCAAUGCGCUUAUCCAUGGGGAGAGACCAAAAUACAACAGCGCACGUGUACAACGACGACGACGUAAACGACGACGACAGAGCAGGAGGAGGCGCAGAUUUUAGCAACACCCGAACUCGAGGUUUAUGUCUGUCCACCGAACACACGCUCACUCGCGUCGUGCGUCGCCCGGAAUUCUCCUGGCAAGAAGGCCUCACAUUCUCUGAGACGCCCAUCCACGUCGGCUCUCGGAGCAACGUCACCGCCAUCAUCGUCGUCAACUGCCUCCCGCGACUCCUCUUCGGCUCCAUCCUCGCUCACGAAAUGACCCACGCGCACUUCCGCCUCACCCCGGGCUACCCUCGAAAAAUCAACCGCAAAGUCGAAGAAGGCUUGUGCCAACUCAUCGCCUGUCUCUGGACCGAACGCGAAGCGCAAAAGAUCGACGGAAACGACGAGGAGGCGAAAAACCAGCUCGCGUUAGCCGGAUGCAUAGCGCACAACAUCCGCAACGAACCGUCGGAAAUCUACGGCGACGGCGCCAGAAUCGCUCUGCACAGGUACGAAAAACUCGGCAACUGCAGAGACGUGUUCGACUGCGUCAAAAGUACCGGACAGUUCCCCGAGUACGACGCAUGA